GGAGGCGGUGCGGUGCGGCUGACGCUGGAGGAGGAAAACUCGCUCCACGGCGACCUGAUCCAACAAGAUUUCAUGGAUACCUACAACAACCUGACCUUGAAGACGCUGAUGGGGAUGGAGUGGGUGAGCAAGCACUGCCCCAACGCCAGCUACGUGGUGAAGGCCGACUCCGACGUCUUCCUCAACUUGAAUUACCUGGUGGCGCAGAGGUUGUCCGUCAUCAACAUGGAGGAUUGCUUCGUGGGGAUCUGCAUGCACGCCCUGGGGAUCGGCCUCACCGACAGCCCCUGGGGUAUGUUCAACAUGUACCGCCUGGAGUACAACGCGUGCCGCUUCUCCCGCCUGGUGAUGGUGCAUCACUACCAGCCCGACGAGCUCCUCAACAUCUG